UGCGCGUGGGUGUAAACAGCGUAUAAAGAGGAUGAGGGUCCGUGGACAUCUCACCUGGUCGUUCUCCUCCACGCAGACCGCAGCGUGGGAUCGUCUGCUCACCUGAGAGUCACCUGGACGACACAGAGGAAACAGAGACUUUGGAUUUAACAAACCGGGAAUAAACGGAACUUCCAUCAACAAGAGCAGCGGUCAUGGCUCGCCACGUGGUGCUGAUGGUGUGUCUCGCGCUCGUCCUGUCGGCGCGUGCCCUGGGCUCGGAGGCGCGUGUCAAACUGAACUCAAUCAGGACGGUGAUUCUGAAGGAGGGGCACGCUCUGCCGCUGAACCGGAGCACGUGGGAGCCCAGCCUCGACCUUACGCUCUAUCAGUGCAUGAGCGACCUGGAGUGCAGAGAAGGAAGCUACUGCCACGCCCCCACCAAAGGCCCCGCCCAUUCUCGCUGUCAGAACUGCCACAGGAGGAAGAGGCGGUGCCAUAGGGAUGGCAUGUGUUGCCCAGGCAACCACUGCAGCAACAAUAUCUGUGUUCCUGACGUCGACAGUUUUGUGUCUCAGAGGAUCCCGGACUCUGACGGAGGGAUUGGUUCGCUCUCUAAGAAGAAAGGGUUUAGGAAAAGAGGGAGGAUGGACGUAAAAGGGACCUCAAGUCGAGGUCAGGUUGGGGAUCCCUGUCUCCGCACCUCAGACUGUUCAGACGGUUUGUGCUGCGCCCGUCACUUCUGGACUCGCAUCUGCAAGCCGGUGUUGCGGGAGGGACAGGUUUGCACGCGACACCGCCGCAAGGGGAACCACGGCCUGGAGCUCUUCCAGCGCUGCUCCUGCGGGGACGGACUCAGCUGCCGAACCCUGCGAGAGCCCGGCGCACAGCCUCCGGCGCCGUCUUCAUCUUCGUCACUCCUCGCUGCAGCAAAGUCCAAAUUUGCAGCCUCGUCCCGCCACUCCUCCCCCCACACUUCUCUGCUGGCUUCAAAGUCGUCGUCAGAAGUGUCGAAGACGAGACUUCACGUGUGCCAGAAAAACUAACGAAGGACGGACAAAUGGGACGGGAAGAAAGAAGCAUCCCCUCUCUCUGCCUAUGACCGACCUGCAGGUAACGAGAGGCAGAAACCAAAGAAGAAGAAAGCCGGGAUGAACGGAGGGAGGGGUGAAUAAACCUCCUCCUCCAAACUCUCCCACUAUCUCAAUGCUAAUGAGCUUCCUGUCAGGCUGCAUUCACACACAAACUCAGCGGGAUGUGAAACUCUUUGUGGUUCAGAUCUGGUUUCCUCCUCUGCGUCUAGACGGGCAGAAACCACUUUGAAAUCCGGUUUGACUCCACUUACACAAACAGCAUUAAUAUUGAAAACCUGAUACAUGACUGUUGCAAUGGCCUCAAGAGAUUCA